GUUGGUUACCAAGCAACAAAUUAAACAACCUGUUGUUGGAAAAGUGAGCUACAUUAGCUAGCCAAUGAAACACUAUCGAAGUUAUCUAAUGUAAGGCAGUAACAAAAACAUGGAUAAAGAGUUAAACGAAGAAAAACUGCAAGAUUUGUAUGCUUGGAUAGACAAAAUACCGUUGUCAAGACCUAAAAGAAAUAUUACAAGGGACUUCAGCGAUGGAGUGAUGGCUGCUGAAGUUGUAAAGUAUUUCUUUCCCAAACUCGUAGAGAUGCACAACUACAGCCCAGCCAACUCCACACAGCAUAAGCUCAGCAACUGGGGCACUCUCAACAGGAAGGUGUUUUCCAAGCUCAGUUUCCACGUGCCUGAGGAGACAGUGAAGAGGAUUGUAGUGUGUGCCCCGGGGGUGAUCGAGCCUGUGAUGUGCUUCCUCAGAGAGAGGAUUGAGGAAAAGCCAGUGGAGCACACUGCUGGAGACACAUUACUGGAUCUGGAAUACUAUAAUAUCAGGAAUCAGGAGAAAACCUCUCCAGCUUCAGGUAACAAUACCUCAACCAUAACAAAAGAGGCCCGUGGGAUCGAGGCUCGGCCGAGGGCAGAGCAGGGGAGGAAGAAGGAGAAGGCUGGACAAGACAAAAGCAGGUGCCCCAGCAAAUGCACAGCAUACCUGGUCAUUCCUCAGGUGGCCCUGGGCUCUCAGAUGGAACCCGCCUUCAGACUGCUGCUGGAGGACAAGGAGCAGUCCAUACUGGCCCUCCAGGAAACUGUGGAGAUCCUGCAGAUUAAGGUGAACAGGCUGGAGCACUUGGUGCAGCUGAAGGACAUGCGGAUCGAAGACCUGACACGUCAUUUGGAGCGAUACAAGGCCAGAGCCAACAUGUCCAAAUAAACAGACACAAGGCUAGAACCUAAUCUGCAAUAAGGUUUAUUUCACACAGUCUCAAUAUACCAAUAUUGGAGAUUAUUGGUGAUGGAAGAAUAUCAUAACAAGAUCGUUAUUUUCUCUACUUUUAAUACUAUUUCUCGUGGAAUCACAGAUGCCUCUUUUCCAACCAUAUUCCUUUAUGUUUCUAAACUAAAGAUGAUGUAUUUCACGUUUGUUUUUGAUGACAUAUUUGGGUCAUUCUGCAUCAGGUAGCUGUGUGCACCGUUUGAUCAUUGGUUUAACGUGUUUAAUGACCAAUGAGACCAUGUGAUUCUGUGUUUUAUAUAAAUGUCAUCUGUGAAUUGGAUGUGUUGCUACUACUGUGCCUUCAGCCUACCUGACCUCGAAACCAAGAGCUAAAUAAACGAUCCAGCCUGAUACGA